GAAAGACUCAAGCAAUCUGGUCCUGCGCGUAACGGUGAUAUCAACGCCUUUAGCAGCGAGCAGUGCACGCUCGUGUCCCGUCCGAGAACAGUACUGGCUAACCAGCCGAAGACUGUGAGGCUGAAGAAACGGUCCGGGCGGAAUACAUUGAGCUACCGGCAGUACCGGUAUUUUCCGAGAAUUAGCCGAACGAUGGAGACUUCUCUCAUUGCUUGCAUUGUCCUGGCAUCCGUGCUGUGCGGACGGACGCAAGCACAAUCCUCUCCACCUGCACCAACAACACACGUUCCAUCUGCUGGACUAUCAUCAAGGCCACAAACGAUGCAGGCGUCAUCGCCCCCGCCAACGAUGCAGGCGUCAUCUCCGCCGCAAACGACGCCUCAAAUUCCAAGCAUGCCAGCAACAAGUGCGGGCGUUUCCACUCCACCAAGGACAGGGAGCAUACCACCUGCAGGCUCAUCACCUCCAUUGACACCUGCAGGCUCACCUCCUCCAUUGACACCCACAGGUACACUAAUGCCCGUGGGCACCACAGCACCAGUACCAUGUCGUGUUGGCUAUUGGAGUAGCGACUGCAGUAUGAAGUGCUCGUGCAAUGGACACCCAUGCCACCAGCAGACCGGCGUAUGCCAGUGUCCACGCUGCUUCACGGGCACCUCCUGCAAUGCAACUGCAGGCAAUGGUGACGGUCGGAAGUGUGUGAAAGACUUCUUCAACGCCAGGACACCAAAGGAUGUCAACACACUGCAGACGGAGAUCCAGCGUCUGCCGAGGGAGCUCGCCGAGAGUGACAUUGAAACGCUCAUGUCUGAUUAUGCCGCGACAUCCGUCAACAGGAUCCGCUCGCCGAGAUACGACGUUAUCGCCAAACCUGGUGGCGGGGAGCUAGCACAGGUGCGCUGCAUUCUGGUGGACUCAUCUGCACGGACCACGCUCACGGACAAGAUCAAAACGGGUACUAUCGGUGCUACAGUGAUCAUCAACGAUGCCACUAAUGAAGUGGUCAUGAACAAACCAUACCUGGGAUAAUCUCCGACCUGCCUCCGUAUGUGCCCGCUGGAUUGACGGAAAUCUGCAUGCUGCAAGCAACAAGUAUAAGUACUCCCUCGAAUGAAAAUUAGAAAAUUAUUUCCAUAGUAAAUGAGGGUGAGGCAUCCUGCAGCUUCAUAACUCAAUGAGAUGUGGUUAGUUGGAGUGCACUUGUUCCCCGAACAUCUCAUUGAGGUUUUUUUUUAUAGCUCUACAUAUCUUCAGUGACGAGGGGGCAACUCACCCUCACCCUGAACGUUAUCACUCUAAUAAAUUUAGAACAGAAUGUACAUGUAUUACCUCGUGCAUAGGGUGAAGGUCAAUAUACCCCCACCCUCUCCCCGUGCUCUACAUUUGUCAGGAAACGCUGCAACUUUUACUAGCUGCUUGCUCCACAUAUGUUUUGACAAACUAUCAGUCAAUAUUCAUAAACAGCUCUUUAUUUUAUUGGCAUUUCAGCGACAAAGGUGCAGACUGGCGCACCUGAUUUUCUUCUAUUCCGCUUUUUCUCUAUCCUUUGUUAUCCUAUGAUGUUCAUGUGCCUUCAAGUUAUUUGCUGGAAAAUGGAAUCAUGCCGUGUGUGUGCUGGUCGUCGGUA